AUGAAUUCCAAGACCGCCAAAGAUAUAAUUAUUGGCAAGUGGGGCUUAAAGUCGGGUAGCUCCAGACCUGAGAGUGAUCUUGAGAAGUACAAGCAGGAGAAUGCUGCCGUGAGAAAAUCAAUGGAGGAAGUCAUUAAAGGGAAAAGCAAAAUGACUGAUCCGGAAAGGAACGGGCUCCUAGAGAAAAUACUUUACCUUGAAAAAGAAAAAGAAAAACACAACCAUCUUCUUGGAGAGAAGGACAAAGAAAUCCAAAACCUGAAAGACAAGCUUAGGUCCAAAAAAAAGAGUAGUGAAGUAUCCUUAUUACAAAGUCAACUAGAGGAAAAAACAAAGGAAGCAGAAAGGAGAGAACAGUUACUUUGUUCUCUAUCAGAAGAAAUGAAUCGUUUAAAAUGUAAUUUAGCUACUGUUACUGCAAAAUGUUCUAAGGUUGAAAACAGAGCUGGUACUUUUCAGGCAACCCAGGUAAGCACUGAAGAAAGAUUCUAUGGAUCACCAACUAAUCUUUACGAAGUUGAAAAACAACUGAAAGAUGCUCUUGAGAAAAACCAACAGUGGCUACUGUAUGACCAGCAACGUGAAGCAUAUGUCAGGGGACUCCUUGGAAGGAUCUUUGAACUUGAACAGAAGUCAGAAAUAGUUAGCCAACAAGCAUCUGAAGAAUUACAUUUAGAAGGUAAUCUACAAGAGGAAAAGCAAAAAUAUUAUGACCAGCUGCUACUAACUGCUAAGAGUGAUCUUGAGACUGAAAGACGCACUAUAACCCAGCUGAGAUCUGAACUUAACGAAUUAAAGAAGAAGUAUGAAGAAACACAACAAGAAAUAAUGAGUUUAAAUGCCUUAUUGCAGUCGCAACAGGUUGCUGAAAUGAAGACUCUAGAAAAUGAAAAUAAAAUGAAAGAAGAGAAAGUGCAGAGACUAAAACAAGAAAAUGAGACUAUUAAAGGACAGCUCAGAGAAGAAAAGAAAAGGUCUGAAGAUCUUUUAUGUCAGGUGCAAAUUCUUCGGAAAUCAUUGCUCAAACAGCAGGAGGAACACACUAGGAUAGCUUUGUUGGAACAACAGAUCCAGAUAUGCACCACAGACUUUGAGAAUGAAAAGCUUGAUCGCCAGAACCUGCAGCAUCAGUUACACAAAGUCCUUAAGGAACUGCGCAAGGCCAGGGAGCAAAUAACCCGUCUAGAACCUCUGAAACUCCAGGAAUCUGGACGUAUGGAACCACAAGAAGAUUUGCAAGCUGCAUUUGAAGAGAAGCUGACCAUGUAUGACAGAAGGUCUUCCCUGAAACAUUCAAGCCUUCUUGAUGAAAGUUUUCUUGAGUGUCCCAGAUGUAAAGUGCAGUAUCCAACAAGCCAGCAUAGAGAAUUACUGGCACAUAUUGACUUUUGUACAGCUUGAGCUCCAAAUGGACUUUAUACAUGCU